GUGUCGCUGCCUCUGUCGCGUAUUCGCGUGAUCAUGAAGAGCUCGCCGGAGGUCUCCAGCAUCAACCAGGACGCGCUCUUCCUCACCGCCAAAGCCACGGAGCUUUUUGUUCAGUAUUUGGCUACAUACUCCUACAAACAUGGCAGAGGCAAAGAGAAGAACGCUCUGACUUACAGUGACUUGUCUCAUACUGCAGAAGAGUGUGAGACCUUUCAGUUCCUUGCAGAUAUCUUGCCAAAGAAGAUCCUAGCUAGCAAAUACCUAAAAAUGCUUGAAAAAGAGAAGCGAGAUGGAGAGAUCGGGGAACAUGAAGAGGAUGAGGAGGAAGAGAAUGAAGACGAAACUGUUGAUGAAGAUGUUGGAUCUUAAGACCAACAGCAAAUUCCUUCAUAGUUGAUCUAUUUUCUGUUGUACAAAGGAUGUUAUUUUUGUGACUGAGAAUCCAGAUGCUGGAUAUAUUUAUAUACUGAGCCAUCUGCUUUUGCUUUGUUUAAGAAGUUUAGAAAUUGAACUUUAUACUUGUUGAAGAAUAGAAUUCUUCCCUCAGAAGCAUGGCGGGGUAAGAAGAGCUAAUGUAAAUCUGACAGCAGAACUUGCUCAGAUGAUUUAAAAUGACUUCUUCAGACAAUCAUUAUCCAAAUUUAAAAUUUCUUACAGUCAGCUUUCAGUCCAAAAGCUCUUUCACCCUCUGACUAGAAGGCAGUCCUUCCUCAGUUUUUA